UGGAAGGAGUUGAAAAAGAAGAGGAAAUACUUGAUCAGCUUUCUGAGAUGCAGAAAAAUGGCGAUAGUAUGUUCAAAAAGUCAAUAACAGGUUAUGAACAUCAUUUGGCUGAGAAACAGGAAAGACUUGGUCAACUAGCAGAGAUGAAGAAAAAUACAGGACAAAUUGAGGAAGCAAGUAAAGAAAUUCUGCCUGAUGCUCCAAAUCUGAAACAAGGAAAUGAAGUUUUAGAAGAAAAUGCACCCCAAGAUCAUAGAAUAUCGGAGAAAGAUCAUAUUAAGAAAGGAGUGAACAGAUCAAAAAAAGAUGAAAGAUUUAUUGAAAAUUUGGAGAAGGAUAGCUCUGUACCCAAUAAGACACCACAAAUUUCAGGUCAAAUUAAGGAGGCAAGUAAGGAAAUUCUCCCUGAUGUUCCAAUCCUCAAACAAGCAAGUGAAGUUUUGGAAAGAAAUCCACACCAAGAUCAUCAGAAAUCAGAGAGAGAUCCUGAAAAGAAAAGAGAGAACACAUCGAAAAGAGAAGAAAGAUUUAUUGACAAUUUGGAGAAGGAAAGAAAGGAUCGCACUACACCCAAUUUGACACCACUACUUUCA